AUGUUGGCAUACCUGGGAGUAGACCAGGCUGAAGACCAGCAGGUAAUGCUGGCGGCAGCACAAAUCUACCACUCUGGUUUCUUCAAACAAAUCCUUGGUACUGAAGCACAGAAGUUUUCCCUAAGAGACUGGAUGAGGUUAGAACCACAGGUAAACCCCCUGCAGGACUUCUUGUGUCAAAUGGCAAGACAUGAAUACCACCAUUGGGUACUCCAUUACUUCCUGCCCCUGUCAGUAGAUGAGGGUGGGUAUGGAGGAUCCUACACACAGGCAGCUCAGGACAUGGUUCACUCAUUGUUAGAUAACAUCAACAGAUCACAAAUGUUGGACACAGGAGAGGAUCAUGUUCAUACCAGACAGUUGUGCCAACAUUGUGAGAAAUCAGUGCAAUCAGUUGGCUGCUUCUCUGAGCUAACAUGCCUUUUACAGGAGUUGCUACCACUUGUAUCAUUGGAUCAGACUUCUAGCCAAUCAGUAAGCAGAACCAAGUCACAUGACAGUUUGCUGCUGGGAGCUCUGAGUGACAGGAUGGACCAAUCAGGACAGGAGAGUGGUGACAUGGACAGACUCACAUUGGAGGAACAGGAAACCUGUACUUUCAUAAGACUGUGCAUGAGUUUACCAGCCGAGUAUCUGUACGGAGUCAGUCCUCAGGAAAGAUUCAGUACUGAAGCACUGUCUGCUGUAGCUGGGUUCAUCAACACAUUGUUGAGGAAUCACGUGGGACAGUCCUCUUGUCUUCCCUUUGAUGUGACGUUCUAUCUAACAAGGGGUGCCCUGAGAGUUGUAACUUCACAUUCAGCGAGUACAGCAUCUAGCAAUGGUGAACAGUGGCUGGAACAACUACUGACAUCAAGCCCAUUACUGACAGCCUCUCUACUGGCUUGGUGGAGCAGGCUGAAGCCACUUGUGUCUCACCAGUGCUGUGGAUUUGGGGAGGGACAACUUCCUACACCCCUGGGGAAGAUCGAUGCCCUUACACAGUGGGCUACAAGUAUACUUUAUGACGAAACCAGUGCUGGAGUUCCUACUUGUGCAGAUAUUGCUAGAGGUGACAUAUGGCCUGUGGCUGCAGCACUUUUCCAUGGACUCACUACAAAAUACAGGUCUCAUACUGUGGUGCUGUCCAGCACUGCCAGAGUGAUGAAGGCCAUACAGGAACUCGAAGGACCAAUGGGUGAAAAGGUUGCAUCCUGCCUGCUGUUGAUGAUCAUGUUACACCUGUCGAUAGUGGACUUCACCUGUCAGGAAUCUAAGCCAGCCAGCAGUCCAUGGGUGAAACUAGCUCAGUCCCUGCUGAACACCUACCCAGAGACCCUGAGUAUCUUCACAGUAGAAGACAUUGAGAACCCUUCUGCACAGACCAGACUGUGUCCAGACAGGCUGUACCAGCUGGUGCCAGUCAUGUUCUUCAGGACCCUUGUUGCCUGUCCUGUGGACAUCCUGCAGAACCCCAAGUUUCUCCCCACUGCCCUGUCCAUGCAUGUCAAGGUCAUUGGACUUUACCAAUCGGUGGGAGGGGAGGAGAUGUGGGGAGGAGCAAAGGCCACAUACAGGGGCCAACUUCUUACCUUGGAUCUGAUGGGACAAAUUACCAGAAUCCUCAUGCAUUGUUUACCACAAUGCAGCACAGAAUCCCUGAGACAGGUAGACAUGGACGUCUUGAUGCAAUGUGACCCAGAUAUUCAACAUCAAGUAAAGAAGAGGGUAUCAUGUAUAUAAGGAAAACACCUUACUGUUCAGAUAUAUAGAAUUUCAGUUUAAUGUUUAGUUUAAUGUUUAAAGAUCAUAAAGAUAUUGCAGUUACUCACGUGUGAGUCCUUAGUAUAAACUUCAUGCCUUGGUGCCAAUAUUGUUGUUACUAACAUAAACUAUCAUAGUAAAGAUAAAGAAAUACACAAGACAUUUUUUCAAGUCUUAUAAGCUUUAUUUGCAUUUAAUAUGCUUUUAGAUUAUACAUAAUUAAUAUAUGUGAUACUACCUAUAGCAUUUUAAUUCCUUCCUUUUCAUCAAUUCAUUUCAUAUGAACAAAAAGGGAAACCUUGGGUCAUAAUUUAAACAUCAAAAUGCCUUUUGCUGAUUUGCAUACACAUGGAAACUUUCAAGCUUCAAUUGAAAACUGUCUCUUUUCUCUGUCAAAUGUCAACUUCAGCUAUCUUGCAACUUUGGUUUGCUACAGUGCUGGCUUAUUCAAGACCAUGCAGGGAUAGCCAUGAUACAUUUCAAACUGCUGUUGGUCAUAUGGUUAUCUUACCUACCAGACAUGGACUUUAUGUCUACAUUGGAAAUUCAUAUUUUGCUGUGUCAUAAAGUUGCGGUGAAGAGGUCACCUCAAAAAUAAA